CAGAGUAUCUGCCAAGCACGAGCUGCUGUAAUGGUCUACGACGAUGCCAAUAAGAAAUGGGUACCAGCUGGUGGAUCAACUGGAUUUAGCAGAGUUCAUAUAUAUCAUCACACAGGCAACAACACAUUCAGAGUAGUGGGCAGGAAGAUUCAGGAUCAUCAGGUGGUAAUAAAUUGUGCCAUUCCGAAAGGGCUGAAGUACAAUCAGGCUACACAGACCUUCCACCAGUGGCGUGAUGCCAGGCAGGUGUACGGUCUGAAUUUUGGCAGCAAAGAAGAUGCCAAUGUCUUUGCAAGUGCCAUGAUGCAUGCCUUAGAAGUAUUAAAUUCACAGGAAGCUGUGUUCUAUUUAGGUCCUACGUUGCCUCGACAGAAUUCACAGCUUCCCUCUCAAGUGCAAAAUGGUCCAUCACAAGAAGAAUUGGAAAUCCAGAGAAGACAGUUGCAAGAGCAACAGAGGCAGAAGGAGCUGGAACGGGAAAGGCUGGAUCGUGAACGAAUGGAACGGGAGAGGCUGGAGAGAGAGAGGCUAGAAAGGGAAAGACUUGAAAGAGAGCGCCUAGAGCAGGAGCAACUGGAGAGAGAACGGCAAGAAAGGGAACGGCAAGAGCGCCUAGAAAGGGAGAGACAAGAGAAGGAGAGGCAGGAUCGAGAAAGACUUGAACGACUUGAACGGGAAAGGCAAGAAAGAGAACGACAAGAACAGUUGGAAAGGGAACAGUUGGAAUGGGAAAGAGAGAGAAGAAUUUCAAAUGCUGCUCCAUCUUUCGACAACUCCCCGUAUAGCACUUCACUUCCUGAAUACUCCAGUUGCCAGCCUCCUUCAGCACCUCCUCCAUCAUAUGCAAAAGCAGUCUCAGCACCAAUGUCAGAGGCCACACCGGAGUACGCUGUAGUGACUUCUGCACCACCGACUUCCACUCCCCCUACACCGCCUCUAAGGCACUCUGCAUCACGUUUUGCUACAUCUUUAGGCUCAGCUUUCCACCCUGUUCUCCCCCAUUAUGCUACGGUUCCUCGUCCGCUGAACAAAAGUUCUCGGCCCCCUUCUCCUGUCAAUGCCAUGGCGACUUUGCCUCCAAAUACAAAGCCUGUUGCCUGGUCCGCACCCAGUUUUGCCCCUCUCCCCCCGUCUCCUCCAGUAAUGAUAAGCAGUCCACCAGGCAAAGCUACUGGUCCGAGACCUGUCCUCCCAGUGUCAGCUUCUAAUCCGGUGACCCAAAUGUCCACGUCUCCCACGGCUCCUAACGGGCUUCCUGAAAACCUGGCUUAUCCGGUUCCUUCACCUUCUACCUCAGGUCCAACGCCGCCUCCGCCACCUCCUCCCCCCCCACUGCCUUCCCUUCCGCCUCUGUCACUCUCUGGACCUCAAGCUUCUCCUUCUCCCAACUCCCCGAAUGCCUCGACUCCCUCAUCCAAGCCUAGUGUUCUCCCUUCUCCCUCUGCAGCUACCCCUGCCUCUGUUGAGAACUCUCUAAACUCUGUGCUGGGAGACUCCUCUGCUUCUGAGCCAGUCUUGCAGGCAGCCUCUCAGCCGAUUGAACCUACGACCCAGCAGGGUGGUGUCCAAGGACCACCAGCACCUCCUCCUCCACCUCCCCUACCCCCUGGCCCAGCUCAGUCUUCAGUAGCAGCCCCACCUCCUCCUGGCCCACCACCGCCUCCUCCACUUCCACCUUCAGGGCCUCCGCCACCACCACCACCGCCUCCUCCACUUCCUAGCCAAGUUCCUCCUGUUCCCCUUCCACCUCCUGCUCCUCCCCUCCCAGCCUCUGGAUUUUCAGCGGGGUUCGUGUCCGAAGAUAAUCGCCCUUUAACUGGACUAGCAGCUGCACUUGCUGGAGCCAAACUUAGGAAAGUCUCGCGGGGUGAAGACUCCUCCAGUUCAAGUGGAGGAGGAGGAGGAGGCUCUGCUUCAUCUGCUUCAUCUAAAACAGAUGGUGGCCGUGGAAAUGGACCACUUCCCUUGGGAGGCAGUGGGUUGAUGGAAGAAAUGAGCGCCCUGCUGGCCAGGAGGAGAAGAAUUGCUGAAAAGGGAUCAACAGAACCAGAGCAGAAAGAAGAUAAAACUGAAGAAUCAGAGUCUUCAACUUCUAAAGUUUCUUCAACAAGCACACCUGAACUAACAAGAAAGCCUUGGGAAAGGACAAAUACAGUGAAUGGAAGCAAGUCACCUGUUAUCUCCAGACCAAAAUCUACACCAACGGGACAACCUAGUGCCAAUGGAGUACAGUCAGAAGGUCUAGAUUAUGACAGAUUGAAGCAGGACAUUUUAGACGAAAUGAGGAAGGAGUUAACAAAAUUAAAGGAAGAACUCAUUGAUGCUAUCAGGCAGGAACUGAGCAAGUCGAAUACUGCAUAGAAAGACUAGUACUAAGCCGAUGUGACUCUUUAACUUGAUAUAAAACUGACUACGUUUUGUGAGCUGUUAGAAGAAAACGGAGACAGACAGACAGACACUUGGAAGGAGGGAGAAACAACCUAUUCUGAAAAGCUUCAGACACAUCACUCUGGUGAUAUGCUAUUCCCCCUCCUAGUUUGCAGCUUUUUUCUGACCUUUACAGCAGGGUGGAAGAGACUCUUAAAGUUACUGUAAUGAUUAUGCAGAAAUUCCUACACCUAUCAGACAAGAUCACAAUGCUUUGAAGUCUACUCAUGUCAAGUUAAAAUUGCACAUGUUUCAGAAUUCAUGCUGGUUUAAAGGUAAACCGGUGGGAGAAAAUGAACCUAACUUGAGAGAUUACAAGUCAGACUUACAAUUUACUAAGAAGAUUACAAUAAAUACAAUGAUCCAGAGAAAACUGGUUUUAACCCCCAAAGACAGAUGUAUAACCCAGCACCCUGGGACGAGAACAGUGCUUGUUAGCCCCUGUGCUGAGCACCACGUGGUCCCUCGGGUGCAAAGUAAAAGGAAAGGAAAACCUGUUGGUCCAGAUGAUGGUCGCAGUCCUGUUGAGGUAAUGAUCGCAGUUGCAGUCCUGUUGGAGUUCUGGUCUUUCUCUCGAUCUGCUGAGUGGUUACCAGAAGUCCCAAAACCCCAAGAAUAUAUGUGCUCAGGUUCAGGUGGGAAUGUCCAGUACCUCCCCCAGGGCAGGGAGUUUCACAAUGGGUGAUUUAACUCUGUGAGUCAUGGGACAUUUUUGGAGUCUUUAAUGGUCUAGGUCCUUGCAGCUGCCUAUUAUGCCAGUCCAGUAUGGCCCAUUAGCAGAGAUGACCCCUCAGGCUGGGUGUGAAGGUGCUAAUGCUUCCCGGAGGGGAGUAAUCACAGCUGAGUCAUUAGUGUAAAGACAAAGAAACACUCCUCACAGAGUUCUCUAACGCCCAGCUUGUAGCCUGAGGUGUCAGGUGUGCCCUGGGCAGCUGCUGCAAAUGAUCUAUUAUUAACAGUCCAUCAGAAAUGACAUAGAGGGUGUAGAAUACACAGUUUUGGUUAUACCCACAUUGUGAUAAACUGGUCCCGACCCCUGUAACUAGGACAGUUGUUAAGACAAAAAACAGGGAAAAGCUUGGGAAGGCUUUUCAGAGAGGUUUUCUUUAUUAAUGAAGGAGUUAGCAAGUUAUACUGUUGUACUUCAAAUGUAUCUCAGGUUUGUCUUCCUAUCAUAUCUGAUAUUUCCAUGAAUAAUUUAAGAGAUCAGAUGUGUAGAAGUUCGGUUCACAAAACACGGAACAAUUAGAGACGCGGGCUUUUAAAGGGCAAUAUUUGUAAGUGAAUGACCCAGACGGUGAUAACAUAUCAAGACUUUGGAAUUUUAUGAUAGGAAGCCUCUCUAGUUAGCCUUCAUGCAAUUUUAUAGGAAAACGAAAAAAAAGCAAAUACAGUCCAGAGUUUAAAGAUGUAGAUGCCUUCCUACAUUGUUACGAUGCUUUACCAAAUCUAAGACUUCUACAUAAUGCGAAUCAGCAGUCAAAUGUAAAUCAUUAGUAUGUUGUAGAUUUACAGUAGAUUUUGGGGCUUUUUUUAGAUUUAUGCAUGUGGACAUUUUUGUAAUGUAACACAACACAGCCAGCUUUUUAAUUAAAAGAAAAAUUGCAUGUCACAGAGUAGCCUUUUCAUUUGUAAGGCUUAAUUUAUGCCCAGAAAGAUGUGGGAUGAGGGAGGGGGAAGGUGACACAUUUUUAUUACUUUCUACACUUUUUCUUCAUCUUACAUGCAUGUGUAAUAAUGAGGAAAACAUAACUUUUAUCAGUAACCAUGUUAAUGGAACCAGGUACUUAAUCCUUUUGUAUCUUUUUUCAGUUUUCUAUUUGAAAUUCAGUAGUACUUCCAUAAUGGUUCUGAAACUCCCAGGUGAACCAAACUCAUUUCUCAGUGAGAGAAAAAAUGUGUAGGCAUCUGAAUUACUGAGGAUGCCCCUGUGUAAGUGUGUUGUCCUUUACCUUUUUACCAUGACCUUCUGCUUCACUCUUUUCUGAGACUCCUUUUUUGAUUGUUUAAUGAACAGAACAGCAGUUACCUUAGAACAACAGAGCAUCAGGUCACAGUAAAUGUCCCCUUCUCCUCCUAACUUAUCUGCCAUCCUCCUUUCCAAAAACAAUCAAAACCAACAAAACCCCCCACAGCUCCACACGACCCAAACCCAGAAAGACAGCAAUGCCAUUGGUUUUGUUCAACAAUUUGAGAAUCAUUUUUAGGGGAGGUGAUACUUUUCUGUUUCCCAGGGUUUUUAGAUCUUAUGCAUUUAAUUUUUUUUUAAUUUUUAAUGUUUUUUUUUUAAUGUGGUACAAUUCAGUGGAAUAGAAAUUCUUUCAAUUGGAUCUGUAGUGCUUUGGACAAAGAACAUGGAUCAAAAUCUUUCCUUUCCCUUUGCACGGUCAAUUUUUCCAAGCUGUAACAGUGCCAUGUUUGCUUUGGGAUCUGUGCUGAUCAAAAAGAAAAGUUUACUUACAACUUUUGGAGAGAUUAGCGUUUCAGCUUACGUGUAUGUGCAGCUUCAUUCGUAGGACAAAUGCUUUCCAUAACAUACUGUCUUGAGUGCUGAACACCAAAGCAAAACAGCACUUAACAGCUUUGGAAAGGCUUCAGUAGGAGAUUUUUCACCUGUUCAAACAUUGCCUAUUUCUAGAGGUUCAAAUUCUAAGAGUUGACAACAGUGGAAAUAUUACCUAACUCCAUUUGUUAAUUUUUUUUUUAAAUAAAGAGAAGCAACAACAUUUUUCUGCAUGCAUUUAUUGGAGGCAUUAAAAAAAAAUCCAUAAUAAGCUUGUCAAGUACUGUUUUUCUCAAAACAAGAGGAGGCAUUUUCAUCUUUGUUGAUGUAACUUUUUGUUUUACAUGGACUUUUUGAGCAUUAAGAAUGUUUACCCUUGUCAGAAAUCACGUUUGAUUUGUUUCUAGGAGAGUUCAGGAGUAGCAUAGUGGAAUAGUGAAUGGGUACAAGUGGUCCAAAAUUAAAGGCUGAACUACUAGAUUGUGCAAGGAACUGGCUUAUGCACUAAACGUUUUGUGCCUUGGUCUACAAUUAACAUGAUUUCUGUUUAAAAGAAAAAGGAACAGAUGUUGUCUUUUGUGCUGCUUCUACAUACAUACUUUCUGUAAUCCCAAACUGCAGAAUUGGUUCUUUCCAGGAAAUCGGAUUGAAUUAAAGAUUACUGUAGACAUUUCCUGACCUACUGACAGUUGCACCGUUUCCAGAGAUUUCAGUAUUGAAAAUGAACUGCAGAAGCUAAGAUUAUUUUGCUUACUGGUGACUAAGUUCUUUAAAAACCAUAUUGUGGUGGUUCUGUGCUUUUGUACAAUGGAUGUCUUAAGCUGAGGGCAGUUUAAGGGAUCCUUUCUAAUGCCAGGAGGGCGUUGCUUUCCUCAACACUGUGAUCUGACCUGUGAUAAACCUGCACUACAGACAAGUGGCUACCAAGUCAACUGCAAACCAACUGAAUGUAAAAAUCUUAGUGCUGGUGCUGAAAUCUCUUCAGAUAGUUCAUAAUGAUUUCCAGUUCAUUGUUUUAAAGUUAUCAAGCAUCAAGUGUCAAUCAAAGACUGAAGCUGAUCACUAAUGAAUGUUGACUUUUCAUGCAUUUAGGUUUACCUUCUUUUUAGUUUCUCAGUUCAUUCUCUGCUAUUUUUAUCAUAUUGUGUCAUUUUAAAUUUCUUACAUGCUAACGUUUUGUUUGAGCGAAUGAAAUAAAAUUGCAAUA